UUUUGUUUUGCUCCUAUUUUGUCCAACCACAUAAAUGUAAAUAAAAAAAUUAGACAUCUUAUUGGCUGAAAUUUUGACACAUUAUUGUAGCUACGAAACGCGUAACGCGCCUGCCUACGAUGAGUCAUCCUCCUCCAGUUUCCUGUAUUCCAAACACUGCCAAAAUGUCGAAAGCUAAAAAAGUUAUCGAAGAAGCGAAAGAAAUAAAUAAUCCAGAAAUUGAUUUAGUGGAUAAGGGAAUUUCUAGCUUGGACGAAAUACCUGGGCUAUUUAGCCUAGAUAAUAUAACACGAUUAACAUUAAGUCAUAACAAGAUACAAGUUGUUCCGGCCGGGUUAGCAAACCUCAUCAAUUUGGAAAUUCUGAAUCUUGCUAAUAACCACAUUGAAGAGUUACCAGUCAGUUUAUCAUCUUUACCAAAACUCCGCAUUUUAAAUGUAUCCCUCAAUAGGCUUUACACUCUACCGAGAGGGUUUGGUGCAUUCCCUGUGUUGGAAAUUUUGGACUUGACUUAUAAUAAUCUGAAGGAAAAAACUUUGCCAGGAAACUUUUUUAUGAUGGAAAGUCUGAGAGCUUUGUAUUUGGGAGAUAAUGACUUUGAAUUUCUACCACCGGAGAUUGGGAACUUAAAAAAUUUACAAAUUCUAUCCAUGCGGGAGAAUGAUUUGAUUGAAGUACCAAAGGAACUCGGUCAAUUAACUCGACUAAGGGAAUUGCAUUUACAAGGAAACCGUCUCGUCGUCUUGCCGCCAGAAAUAGGUACACUUGACCUUGCCAGUAACAAAUCAGUGUUGAGAUUAGAAGGUAACUUCUGGAUUCCACCUAUCGAAGAUCAACUAAAGUUGGGACCCUCACAUGUGCUUGACUACUUGCGGUCGGAGACUUACAGAGUGUUGUACAGUCGUCAUAUGUCGGCGAAGCCACCCCCACCGCCACAGACCCUCGACAAAAGCAAGAAAGCUUCGAGAGCUCGGUCUUGAAUACUGUGUAUUAGUACUCGUCAUAACAAAUAUUUAGAUAUUGUAGAACUAACAAUCUUAACAAUUUUAAAAUCUGUUUGAUAGAUGUGUUGUAUGUUAUAAAAUGUUCUGAAUAAUUUUUUCAUUGUAUUAAUAUCCAAUCGAUAUAUAAUCCAUAGUAAAAGUCUCACAGUCAGCCCCUAGAGAUAUUUAUUUUGUAUGGGGGUCACACACAAUACACAAGCACAAACGCCCAGAACAUGACAAAAAUCUUUAUAGCCUUUAUAAAUGAUUGCAAUAAACAGAUCAAAUUUAUAAAUACCAAUGCAACCGUCGUUAAUGUUAUCUAUUUAUAUGUGAAAAGUAUGUUAAAAUUAAAAAAAGUAUUCGCAAA